CACCUCUGGUUGCCUAAGACCCGGAGCUCCAGCGGUGUCCUGGGAACUGCGGUGGCCGCAAAGUGCCAGAGGGGAUGGGCCGGGAGGCGGAGACUGGUCUGGCCCCAGGGCGCUGUCACCUGCCCAGGGGCGGAGCGAGGAAACCAACCUUUUGCUGAUCUCAAGACACUGGAGUCCGGGGAACCUUUCUUGACCAUGCAGGGCGCCAAAGGAAUCGAGAACCCGGCUUUUGUCCCUUCCAGCCCGGACACCCCACGCCGCGCCUCUGUUUCACCCUCCCAGGUGGAGGUCCCUGCUCUAGCCUCCAGGAAUGAGGAUGGGGAUUCGCAGCCUCUGGAAUCUGAAGAGCUCCCGAAGUCAUCCGAGCCAUCUCUUCCAGCUUCAACUCCUCCUGCUUCCGAUGAGCCGCCAGGGUCACAGCUCUGCGAGCUUGAGGAGGGACCUUGCGGGUGGAGGGACUUCAACCCCCGGUGCCUCCAGCGUUGCAACACUCCCCAAGGCUUUCUGCUUCACUACUGCCUCUUAGCCCUUACUCAAGGUGUUGUAGUAAAUGGCCUAGUGAAUAUUAGCAUCUCCACCAUUGAGAAACGCUAUGAGAUGAAGAGCUCGCUGACUGGCUUGAUAUCAUCAAGCUAUGAUAUCUCCUUUUGCGUGUUGUCUUUAUUUGUGUCGUUCUUUGGUGAGAGGGGACACAAACCUCGCUGGCUCGCGUUUGCAUCCUUCAUGAUAGGACUGGGAGCACUGGUGUUUUCCUUGCCACACUUUUUCAGUGGAAGAUAUGAAAUCGGAUCCGUUUUUGAAGAUACUUGCUUAACAACAAGGAACAGCACCGGAUGUGCAUCUUCAACCUCUUUGCUUUCUAACUACUUAUAUGUCUUUGUCUUGGGACAACUGUUGCUGGGGACUGGAGGAACUCCACUCUACACCUUGGGGACAGCCUUUAUUGAUGACUCUGUACCCACACACAAAUCUUCUCUUUACAUAGGAAUCGGCUAUUCCAUGUCAAUCCUGGGCCCUGCUAUUGGCUAUGUGUUGGGUGGACAGCUGCUGAAAAUGUACAUUGAUGUUGCUGUGGGACAAAGUUCUGAUGUCACUGAGGAUGACCCUCGGUGGUUGGGAGCUUGGUGGAUUGGAUUUCUCUUAGCUUGGCUCUUUGCUUGGUCUUUGAUAAUGCCUUUCUCCUGUUUUCCAAAGUAUUUACCAGGGACAGCAAAAAUUCAAGCUGGCAAAACUUCCCAGACUCAUCAAAAUAAUAGCACCUCCUUCCAACAGAUAGAUGAAAAUUUUGGGAAAAGUAUUAAAGAUUUUCCAACUGCUGUAAAGAAUUUGAUGAGGAAUACUGUCUUUAUAUGUUUGGUUCUAUCAACUACUUCUGAAGCUUUAGUUACUACGGGAUUUGCCACGUUCUUACCUAAAUUUAUAGAAAAUCAAUUCGGAUUGACAUCCAGCUUUGCAGCUACCCUCGGAGGGGCUGUUUUAAUCCCUGGAGCUGCUCUUGGUCAAAUCUUAGGUGGUGUUCUUGUUUCAAAAUUCAAAAUGAAGUGUAAAAAUACAAUGAAGUUUGCAUUGUUUACAUCCGGAGCAGCACUUAUGCUGAGUUUUGUAUUUAUUUAUGCAAAAUGUGAAAAUGAGCCAUUUGCUGGUGUGUCUGAAUCGUAUAAUGGAACAGGAGAACUGGGAAAUUUGACUGCACCUUGUAACAUGGAUUGCAACUGUUUGCGGUCCUAUUAUUACCCGCUUUGUGGGAGAAACGGAGUCCAGUAUUUUUCUCCCUGCUUUGCAGGUUGUUUAAAUUCAGUUUCAAACAGGAAACCCAAGGAAUAUUAUAAUUGUUCUUGUAUUGAAAGGAAAGUAGAAAUCACAUCUGCUGGAGAAAGUAUUGAUUUUGAAGCUAAAGCUGGAAAAUGUAAAACUCAGUGUGCAAAUUUGCCCAUAUUUCUUGGCAUUUUCUUCAUUACAGUUAUCUUUACCUUUAUGGCAGGGACUCCUAUAACUGUGUCUAUAUUAAGGUGUGUCAAUCACAGGCAGCGGUCUCUAGCACUGGGAGUGCAGUUCAUGUUGCUUCGACUGAUAGGCACAAUACCUGGCCCAAUUAUAUUUGGUGUCACGAUAGACAGCACGUGUAUUCUGUGGGAUGUCAAUGAAUGUGGGACAAAAGGAGCUUGUUGGAUUUACGACAACAUCAGGAUGGCCCAUAUGCUGGUAGCCAUAAGUGUUACUUGUAAAGUUAUCACCAUAUUCUUCAACGGACUUGCAAUAGUUCUGUAUAAGCCACCACCGCCAGGAACCGAGGUGUCGUUUCAAAGUCAGAGCGUAGUUGUGUCUACUAUUUCAUUGGAAGGGGAUCCAAACAAAGCAGACAAUGAAGGAUAAAAG